AUGGCCGGACGAAACGAAAACCCAGGACUGCGUGUGCUGAUUGUCGGUGCUGGCAUCGGCGGUUUGACAGCUGCAGUUGCCCUACGACAGCAAGGACAUCAUGUUGAGAUCUUUGAGCGCUCCCGCUUUGCGAAUGAAGUUGGUGCUGCGAUUCACAUAUGCCCAAAUGCCAAUGGCGUUCUCAAGCGACUGGGAAUUCAUGCGGAAAAGUUUGGUGGAGUAGAGACCGAGCUGCUUCGCGAAUAUACUCCAUCUGGCGAGGCGGUCCACAUCACAAAUGUGAAGGAGCAAGCGGGCUUCUGGAGACACAGCUGGCUCCUGGUUCAUCGCGCACAAUUCCACGACGGCCUCAAAGCAGCAGCACAAGCCCCCGGGCCCGAAAAUCCAGCUAUCCUACACACCGCAAGCAAAGUCGUCGACGUUGACCCGCACAAGGCGACCGUGACCCUUGAGAAUGGCGACGUGCACACGGGAGACGUGGUCAUCGGUGCAGAUGGUGUACACUCUCUCACACGAACCAAGCUCCCACAGGCAAAAGGCAUCAAGCCGGCGAGCUCGGGUAAGAAUGCUUUCCGCUUCUUGAUGGCACGUCAGCAGGCUCUAGAUGACCCCGAGACAAACGUCAUCGCAAGAGACAUGGGCGCGGUUGACAUGUGGGAUGGAGCGGAUCGACGGGUAGUCAUUUAUCCAUGUGCAAACAACGAGAUGCUCAACUUCGUCUGUAUUCACCCAGAAUCCCUGACGACGAUUGAGGCCGGCGGUGAUGAGUACAAUCAGCAGAUUAGCAAGAACGCUCUUCUGGAGGUAUACAAGGAUUUCAGCCCUCAGGUUCUCCGGUUACUGGAGAAGGCGGAUCCAGCUACGCUGAAGUUGUGGCCACUGCUGGAUAUGCCCACUAUACCUGAGUGGGUGGAGGGUCGAUUGGCCGGGCUGGGCGAUGCGGUUCACCCUUUCCUACCAUAUCGCGCAUCGGGCGGUGCAAUGGCCAUUGAAGAUGCGGUCUCGCUCAGUGUGAUGUUGCCUCGUGGUAUCGCGGCCGCCGAUGUACCCGAGAGACUGAAGAUCUAUGAGAAGGCUCGCCACAGCCGUGUGACUACCAUCCAAGAAAUGACGCGCCAAUCAGUCAAUAUUCUGCCGGCCAAUAAAACCAUCAUGAUGGUCGGCUACAUCUACGGGCAUGACGAAUUCGACCACUCCGCUCAGGUCUUGCGCAAGUAUCUCUGGUCCAAGAACCCACACAUGUACUGGCGCCAGCCGAUCGUCUUUGGCCCCAUGCCUGGCCCCCGACAGGACUGGUACGGGAAUGACCGCGCGAUCCAGUCCUUGCAGUCAACCUUCCAGACGGCCUCGAUCAAAUUCAAGACCAGUCGCACACUUCUGCAGAAUCUCUUCCCGAAUGACCGCUACAGCUUCAUUUCACCCAGCACAGUUGCCCGAGCCAGUUUCUCGCAGACCACACUGAACGGCAUGGACUGGUUGGGCGGUGGUGGAUACCGACACAUCGGACUGUAUAUCCAUGGUGUGCAGUAUAAGAAGGAGAAUGGCGAGGUGCUCAAGGGAACGUAUAUGCCUAUUUUAUUCGAGAGUCUGGCGGACCCCAUCGUCUCGGGUCGUGAGGAGCUCGGUAUGCCGAAGCUAUACACAGCGAUUGAUAUACAUGAGCGGAAUAGUUCUUACCGUCUGCAAACCAGCUGGCAAGGUGCAGUGUGGGGCCACUUCGAGCUGGAGGACCUAGAAGAUCAGGAUCUGGGUGCAGACAAAGGUACAAUUGGAGGGGAAGACGAUGACGGAAUCUUGGUAUAUAGGUAUAUGCCCAAGGUUGGCCGGGAUACCAAGGGUGAGGCAGCAGAGGAGUAUCCCGUCUUUGUCCCGCAUGCGCAGGAGUCCAAGGUCGUGCCAUCCAAGGUCACACGGGUGCGCCGGAGUAAGAGUGCCAAGGUGAACAUCAACGAGCUGAAUUGGGAUGCCCUACCCACGCUGCACCAUGUUGUAUCUCGACUUGCGGAGAUUCCUAUCGAUGAAGUGAUCGAAGCGAAGAUUACCGAGGGGUUCGGGGUGCCGGAUGUGUCAAGCGCACAGCGCAUUGAGUAG